GGACUUAACGUACAGUACCUGCCUGCGUGCCUAGCAGCAAUAAAGAGAAAGAGAAACUGCUAAGGGUCUGUUGGAAAAGCGCUGGAACACCGCUGCAAGACGAAGCUUCCGGCUAACAUCUAUUCACGUUCAUGCAUUUCUUGCCUUUGGAGCCUCACCUACGAAGGCUUCACAUUCUUUCCUUUUCUUCUUUUUCUUGAUACACAACUUCAAUACAGAUCAUCCCCUACUAGUAAACCAACUUUUUUCUCAAACUUUCUACCCGUUGUGAGGCCCUGAAGCCGAUAAAGUCUAUGACCCGCUGGCGAAUAUCGUAAUAGAUUCAACGCGAAAGUCAUAGUAUUAGCUUUUUCAUAGAAAUUUGCGCGAAGUCUUACCGCAUUCCUUCCUUUUGAUUCUACUACAAACAUAGUAGAAAAUCCAUCCACCAGAACAAGAACAAGUUACACACGAUCAUCAUCAAUCGAUUUAUCCUCCAACCAUGUCUCUGUGUCAAUUGCGCCUCGGUGAGGAAAGAAAACAGUGGCGCAAAGAUCACCCCUUUGGAUUUUGGGCCAGACCGGUUAAAAAUGCUCAAGGUGUUUUGGACCUGAAGAUUUGGGAGUGUGGUAUUCCUGGCAAGGAGAAGACAAUCUGGGAAGGCGGUCUGUUCAAGUUAACCAUGACGUUCCCUGAUGAGUAUCCCACGAAGCCUCCGAAGUGCAAGUUUACGCCGCCGCUAUUCCACCCCAACGUAUACCCUUCGGGCACCGUCUGCCUCUCGAUCCUGAACGAAGACGAAGGCUGGAAGCCCGCGAUCACAGUGAAGCAGAUCGCGCUUGGCAUCCAGGACCUCUUAGACAAUCCCAACCCAGAAUCGCCCGCGCAGGCCGAAGCGUACAACCUUUUCAAGCGAGACAAGAUCGAGUAUGAGAAGCGUGUCAGACGAACGGUCAGGGAAAACCCAGCCUCAUAAAGCGUUCUUCGGGUGCUAGGAAGAUGGUCUCUUAGGUCUGGGACUAUUAUACUUGGUGUGUUUUCGGGAUUGGAGUUUAGGCUACGGAUACCACACAUAUGGAUGGCUGCUUUCUGCAUUUGAGCCCUCGGAGUUUGACACAGGCAACUACGCAAGGAUGUCAGAGAGGUUUUUAAACAUUGCGGCCAUGAAGUCCACGGCUUUUUCUUUCACUGGCGAAAAUGAUCUAGCUUGUGCUUUAGGAAGCCGUGGCACGAUUUCAAUGCAGAUAGAUUCCUCCGGGAUUUAUAGAGUCUAUACAUUCUCCGUUCCUUGUGACGACUAUUCC